GCUCUCACACAUCCACUCUUAUCCCCCUCCCGGUCCCACCACCCCACCACUCCCGCUAUCGCUUCUGUUGCUUGUCCUCUUCGUCGUUGGGUUGAGGCUGUCUCGUUUUAUCCCGUGCUGCCGCCCGCUCCCCGUCCACCCUGCGCCCGUCUUGCCCUACUUGCUUCUUCUCUUUUCCUACAGCAAGUACUGCACUGUACAUAACCUGCCACUCCUCACACACCACGGCGUACCGGUAUUGUACCUAUCAUACUGCGUAGUAGGCAAUAACAUUGCUGUGCAAACCUUGGCCACCGUAUCGCCCUAAAUCACACUUCCUCCAUCUCCCCUCAAAAAAUCCGAGGGAGAUCGAUCAAGAAAGAGCAAUUUGUAACGUCUCCUUUGGUUUCGUUUGGUUUCUGCUCCCCGCCAUUCAUUACUCCCCUCCUUUGUCUACACCUCUCUCCACUUACCGGUACUCCCGCUUGGCCGCACAUACUCGUACAUGCCCACCACCCUCUGACAACCGCGAAACUUGACCUACUUGGCCUGCCCUACUGCCGCUGCCUUAUUUCAACUUUCCUUGCCCUUCAACUUCUUUCUCGCUUUGCUUCCUUUUUCCAUCCUUCAGUUUCUACGUCUGCAGGACCCCACCUCCCCCCACCCCUCUUCUAACCCACCCCUCACCAUCCUUCCGAACUUCCCGCCCUUCUGUCGUCCUUCUCCCAUCCGUGGAGGGCAACAACACAGACUCACCAAAAAAUAAAUCCCAACCGCUCGCUUCGACCUACCCUGUUGCUUUUUGUUUUUCCGAUCUCACUCAAAAUGCCAUCUAAAGAUACCGGCACCACAACUACAAAGGAAACCGCUGCGGUUGCGGAGAGCGAAAGCUACCAGUCCGAACGGGCACGGCCCGAUAGCAAUGUCGACCCAGACUUUAUCGACCUCAGCACCUUCGAGCAAAUUCUAGAGAUGGACGACGACGAAGACCAUGAGUUUAGCAGAACAAUUGUUUUUGGGUUCAUGGAACAGGCAGAGGAGACGUUCAAGAAGAUGAGGGAUCAUCUCAACCAGAAAGACCUUCAUGAACUCUCGCAACUUGGUCAUUUCCUUAAGGGUUCCUCCGCCACCCUCGGGCUUACAAAGGUCAAGGACCAUUGCGAGAAGAUUCAAAACCUUGGUUCAGGUCGGGACGAGACUGGCAAUGCCAGCAUUGAUGACAGUGAGUUGAACCUAGCAAGAAUUAAGUCUGCGCUUGGUGAGAUGGAGAAGGAGUACACACGUGUUCGUGUUUACUUCACCAGAUACUACGAGGAUCCCCUCAAAAAUUUCCAACCAUGAGUUUUCCAAUUUUCUCUCCUGGGUUUAAAGUAUAUAGUCGAUGAGACAUACGAGGAUCGGCUGGGCUUUGAUAGGUAGCACAUGGGGACUCUCAAGGCUGCAGGGGGGGUUCAGUAUCGUUUGUGGAUUGCUGGGAAUUGGGUUACAUUCUUUGUUCAAGUAGGCCGCGCUUGUGCUGUCUGUUUUCCUUCCUUUCUCUCUCUCUCCCCUUGAGUGCUUAUCAUCCUGCCGUUCCCAAAUAGGUGUUUUUUUUUCUUUUAUGGGUUUACUGGACUCUUCUCUUCGCAUUGAGCAUUUUCUCCACCAUUGUUCGUUAAAGCAGGCCUUUGGUUUCCUCCUCUCUUCUUAAUUAUUCACCCCUUUUCUUAAAAUC